AUGGCAUCGACAAUAUCUGCAGGGUCAAAGCCAGAUAUCUCAGCGCAGAAUCAUGCAUCGGGAUGUCAGUAUCUGGGCCCUGGAGAUGGAGAUCAAAACGUGGUGAGCAGUAAUGGCGUUCAGUUCAACGACCGUAGCGAUCAUCGGCAGUACACUACGUUUUCACUCAAUCUGCAAGCUGAUGUUCAGGGAAUCCCAUCUAUCUGGAACCUGGCUCAAGCCCUGAGAGCAUCUAAAACUGAAGCAAAUGACCCGACCGCACCUGUUUUGAUUGACUGGUUGAUGCACCAGGGCGACUAUUCACCCCUAGACGUCAAUCGUCAACACCUCGAAAUUGCUAGCCAAGCCACGCCGGGUACUGGCAACUGGAUACUCGAUAAUGAAGAGAUACAACAGUGGCGGGAUCCUUCGAUUUCCUCUAGCCGUUGUCUUGGAAUUCAUGGAAUUCUCGGUUCCGGAAAGACGGUGCUUGUGUCGCGCAUCAUAGAUGCAAUAAAGGCUGAGAUUGAAGAGAAAGGUGAUACUGCCUGCAUCUACUUCUACUUCCACGAGGGCGAUGAUGAGUCGCCUGCAAUUGCCCGGAUAUGGGCAACCUUACUUCUCCAACUCCUACAGUAUCAAGGGGUUACAGGCCUCUCUGAGGAUCUGAAAGCCAAGUAUAACAACUCGUUUCGUGGUACAGCACCCAUCCACCCCUUGGAAUACUUCAGCCUGUUCAAAGCGCAAGCCUCGAAAUUCAAGACCGUCUAUUUGCUUAUUGAUGCCUUGGACAGCUGCACAAACAGCCAGGGCGAAAAGACUCGGCAGAGAAUGCAGGAAGCGCUUAGAAAGUUGCCGCAGAAUAUUAGAUUCCUCUUUACGUCGAGAGGCGACUCCCUUAUACGCGGCCUUGGAAUCGGUCAGAAACUUCGGAUUACGCCACAAGAGAGCGAUAUAAGAAGAUAUGCCAAAGAUCAGAUCGACAGGGACUUGGAACUCCAUCGCGUAUUGGCAGAUGCAACUAAGCAAGAGGAAGUAAUUACUAAGGUAACUGAGCUAACUUUGAAGAGUGGAAUGUUUCUUCUAGCCAAGCUUCACCUACAUAAUCUCAGCAACCAAGGUACCUUGACAGAUGUCAAAGAGGCUCUUAAACAGCUACCUGCAUCGUCGUCUCGCGCCUUCGAAGCAUCCAUCCGGAGGAUUCUUUCCAGUGACAACACCUUCGAAAUUGAACUAGCCAAGCACGUUUUUACCUGGACGGUGAAUUCAAAAGUCGGCCUGACCGUGGAUCAAGUCCGUGAUAGCUUCGCCAUACAGAAAAGCCAGGGAACGCAAUACCAAGACUCGCGACCGCUGAAAGAUACGAUUUUGUCAUCCUGUGCUGGCUUGAUAGUGGAAGAUCACGAAACAAAAACUCUAAGGCUCGUACAUGAGUCACUAAAGACUCACCUACACAGGCAUGAAGUCUUCUAUAAGCACCCUGACUUGAGAAUCGCCAAAACCUGCUUGACUUCUCUCUUGCUGAAAUUGCCUGAUCCACUACAUAGUCCACUUCUCGUCUACUCUGCAACUUAUUGGAGUUCCCAUAUUUGCAAACCAUUCGACUCAGAGUUGCAGAAAUUGUUAAAGCGAUUCUUGUCAGACAGCAUCAGUCUGGCUAGAGCGUUCAGGCUGAUCCCAGGAGUCUCGGGUGGCACUUUUGACGGGAUGACAGGGUUACACGCGGCGGUGUACUUCAAUCGCCUGACAUGGAUCAAACGCCUACUGAAAUCCGGCAUAGAUAUCAACUCUCGAUGUUCAAACGGCCAAACGGCUUUGCAUUGGGCAGCAAUUCAUGGCAGACACAAGCUUCUAACCUAUUUGGUCCAAAGGUCUGCAGAUACCAAUAUCCAAGACCAGUCUGGCGAUACAGCUUUGCACAAGUUGCUCAUGGGACCUACCACCCAGGGCUUACGAGCUGUCCGUUCCCUUAUCCGUGGAGGUGCCAGAAUUGACCACAGGGGGAGCAAGGGUCUAACGCCCUUAUCAUCGGCAAUUCGUUAUGGCCCUACUUCGAUAGCUCUUCUGUUGAUAAAGAGCCAGAAAAAUGUCAAUGCUGAGGUAACUGCAGGAUGGACUUCGUUGAGGGAGGUCUUUUAUCACGCCCACGAGAUGAUAUAUAAGCUCAGCCAUCACGGGUCUAAUAGCUCUUCCAUUGACGGAUGGACCCCUCUCAGAGAUGCAGUGAGAAAUCAUGUCUACUGCUUGAUACACUUUAUCUUGAAUCGAGGCGCGGAUCUUAACCGCCCUACCAGUGACGGAUGGUUACCAGUAGUCCAUGUCGUCAAGGGUGGAAGCUCAGUGGUCCUCCAACGCUUGUUGGAGCGGCAGCCCCAUCCAGCUGACGCGAAUCAACGAGACAAAAAAGACGGGAAAUCUGCUCUUCACUGGGCGUUCUAUUAUAAGCAACAUUCUGCGAUAAAGUUAUUGAUCGAGCACGGGGCAGAUGUCAACGAAAAAGACCCUAGUGGAUGGACACCUCUCAUACAAGCCAUCCGUGGGAGGAAUGAGGACCUGGUUUGGUUAUUGAUCAAGAAAGGUGCUCAAGUCGAUCUAAGGGAUGGUAAAGGGUGGCUACCUCUUCACUACGCCAUUGAGUUCAAGAGUACAAACAUAGUCUGGCUUUUGAUCUCACAUAAUGCAAACGUUAAGUUUUCAGGCGCCAACGUUCCCAGUGUUCUUGAUCUAGCUUUGCAGAAGGCUGAGUACUCUAUUGCUUGGCUUCUCUGUCAGCAUGGGGCCAACACCAAUGAGGUGGAUGAAAAAGGCAUGACUAGAUUGCACCGAGCUUGCUACAGUGGACUGGUGAAUGAAGUGGAGUUCCUCCUUGACAAUGGCAUAUCGCCUGAAAUAAAGGACUCAGCUGGAUUCACUGCCCUUCAUUAUGCGGUAUUGGGAGGCUGGGAGGCGUUAGUGAGUCUUCUUGCAUCAAGAGGCUCUGUCAGGGAGAUUAUCGACGAGCCUGACUCCAAGGGAAACCCAUGCUUAGUACUCGCAACCUUACGGAAAAACAAAUCCAUGGUUCAAGCUCUUAUCCUCAAUGGGGCAUCUGUCGAACGCCAAGAUUCAGCUGGCCUAACGGCACUCCAUCAUGCUGCUAGGUCAGGCUUCGAAGAACUUCUCAGUCUAAUGAUAGACCGAUCCUUGAAUCUCGACAUAACAGACAAUAGAGGUUACACCGCGGUACACCACGCUGUCAAUGGUACUGAGAUGGCUGAGGGUACGAUCAGACUUCUCAAAAAGGCAGGGGCAGAUUUAGAGAUACAGGACUACGCUGGUCUAACGCCGCUGAUGUUAGCAGUUCAUUUAGGGUUUCCCUCUGUGACACGCCAACUCAUAUCACAGGGAGUUGACCGCCACCGGAGGAAUGCGCAAGGUUGGUCCGCUAUGGAUAUCCUCGAUUCUCAAGGAUACUCGGGUAAGACACAGUGGAUGAGAGCCAUGCUUACGGAAUCACCAUCAAACUCUGAGUUGGAAGACUUCUCUAACCGUUCGAGAAUUCAUCAUAAUGCUUAUGAAAACGAUUUUCUAGACGACGAUUAUAUAUACUAG